AUUAUUUUUUAUCAGAAAACUAAUAAAAAAUUCACGGAAAAACAUAUUUAACUUAUUAAACUUUGUUUAAUCGCUUAAUUAUAAUACACACAAAGUGUCUUCGUUUGCGCUACGGAGUCAAGACCGUUAAAAAUAUAAUUAAAAAAGAGAAAAAAGCGACAAAGCUUCGAUAAAUAAAAAAUGUGUGUUUAAAAAAUGAUAUCGUUUGAAAAAUGAGAAAAUAAAUGAGAUUUUCUUUAAACAAAAAAAAAACUAGCAACAAGGUUAAACAAAUAGAAAGCUUUGUGAAAUUAAUUGGAUUUUUUUUUUCACAUUAUAAACCAAAAGAAAAAAACCAAUCAAACAAAAUUUCCUCAGUGUCUUUCCCAGAAUAUCGAAUAAUUAAAAGUUGAGCAUCAUGCAUGGCACAAAUAUCAUGAUUGUUUUGGCAGUUGUUGCAGUCACGUCUUUGACAUUUUGUCAAGGAUCUCCCGUUAGUCAGCAAGGCAGCAGCAAUACGGCGUUCAAAGCAACAAGUACGAAUGGCGUGAGUGGAAAUGCAGUGAAAGACGUGGAAUUUCUUGGCGCAAAUGAAAAAUUAUUAGAUUUAUUCAGCAAAUAUCCCAGUUACAAUUAUCCCAACUACAAUCGCCCAAUUUAUCCUGGCUAUCCCAAUUACUAUCCAUACCAAGGCAACUUGAAUCCCGGUUUCGGAACAGGAGGCUAUCCCGGCAUCAAUCCAUAUCCAGGUUAUCCCGGCUCGACAUAUACACCUGGCGUAAACUACAUCGGAAGCGGCGGAUAUGGCGGCUAUGGAGGUGCGAACGGUAACGGAGGCUUGCCCUCGUACUCGGGCUAUAACAAUAACAACUACUACGGAAACCGGAAUAUGGGCUUUGGUUACUACCAAGGCACCAAUAGUUUUGGUCUUGGUGUGCCAACACUGUCCUCGAGCUCCAAUUACAACCCGGGCUUGAGUAACACUGCAAGCGUAACUACACAAAAUCGCCCUACCGGAUUCCGAGGAUACAAUUAACACAUUUUUUUGUUUAAGUUUUUGUCUUAUGUAUAUUUAUUUUAUUAAGUGUAGUGCCGUUAGAGAAUUUGUAUUUGUUCUAAGUGUGCUUUACUUUAAGCCUUGAUUAAAAAUUGCAAAGACAAACAAGAGAUAUUAAAA